AUGCCAGACAAAGGAAAAACAUAUGAAUCGAUUACGAUUCAGAAUAGUGGACAGAUUGGUAUGAUUGCAGCAUGUUCUGUGUGUAUUGUCGUUCCCACGGUCCUCGUCUCAUUACGCUUCAUUGCUCGUCAACGGUAUUCGGGCUUGCCACUGGACGCAAGCGACAUUUGUAUCGCUGCUGCACUACUUUUCGUUCUUGCUCUCUGCAUCGUUGACUACUUGAUGGUAUUUAAAGGAGGCUUCACCUUUGACCUCACUGAAAUUGCCGAAAGAUUUGGUCCAGAUGCGCUGACCAUCUUCUUCAAGUGCAUGGCUGCAUGGCCUCUGCUUUGGAAUAGCUGCGUCUUGACUAGCAAGCUAUCGGUUCUGGCCAUGUACAUGACUCUAAUGCCGGUUCCUCGGAUGAUACUGGCAGUCAAAUGCGUCGGAACUUUUGUUAUUCUGUACAACGUCUCUGGCUUCAUCACUGGUCUCGCCAUUUGCCGUCCGUACUCCAAGAACUAUGAUUGGCAGGGCACGGUCGAGGGCUCGUGCGGCGACGUCAAGGUAUACUAUGAAUGGUUGAGUGCCAUCAAUGUCGUAUCCGACGUCGUCAUACUUCUCCUGCCACUCCCAUUUGUCUACAAUUUGCAAAUGGCAUUGAAGAAAAAGCUUGUGCUCUUUGGCAUGUUUGGUAUUGGCUUCAUGACUUGCGCAGUCACCAUCUAUCGACAAACAUUAUUGCCAAGCCUAGAUAACGCAAACCCUACAGGUACCGGUCUUCUCGCCUUCUUGUUUUCGACUGUAGAAAUCGCCGUAGCUGUUUCAUUGGCAUGCGUGCCGUUCCUGCGACCACUCUUUCGAGGCACAUUUGGUGGCUCAUCGGCCGACAACUCCAAGUACAAGACCGAUGCGAGCUAUGCCUUCUCUAACAAGGGAACAAAGGCACAUCAUAGUCAGGGUUUCAAAGAGUUGGAGGACGACGGCUCCGAGAUUCAAUUGCAACCAGUCGAUCUGGAACGAGAGAUUGGUGUCACGGUUGAGACGACUUGGAAAGUCGAACCAGCCGGUGGAGACACGGCGAGGUCGUCGGUUGCGAACUACCAAGCGACAGCUUCCAGUAACAACCGUCUGUGA